AUGGCGGCCGAGAUGCCCUGUGCCGAAGCGGCAGUUGACAGCGCUGAAGCGAAGGUGCUCCCACACGACGCCGCAGAGCAAGAGCAAGAUGAUCAGGCAGCAGGUGAAAGUCUUAACAAGGCAUCAUUGAUGACAGCCAUCUCCGCAGUCUUGAAAGACCGGGACCUGCACAGCUUCUGCAUGAAGGACCUCCGUUCCGCGCUGGAGCAGUACCUGUCGCUGGAGGAGGGCACCCUGCUUUGCAGGAAGCAAGAGCUGGCGGAGCUGGCCAAGGAGGAGGUCCAGCGUCUCAUGGAGGAGCCAAAAGCCAAAGCGAGGACCAAGGGCUCGCGGCCAAAGCGCAAGGCGCCCUCAGAGGAUUGGCGGCGCUUGCUGCGGAAGGCUGACAGGGCUGAGGGAGGUAGCCAGGGUGACAUCCGCCCAGAGGAGGUUGAGCCCUCCUUGACGGCCGAAGUGGGCGGGCAGAGCCUGGAGCUGACCGGGAAGGUCUUCGCCAGUGGGUCCCUGGGAUAUCAUGGCUGCGCCAGGCUCACCCUGGAGAUCGGCGGCCAGCCGCAGGAGGUGAUGUGCCAGAUCAGUUGCGCCGUCCUCGGCAAAGCGCCAGAGCCGCAAGAUCAGCCGGACGUCACGCCUGACGUCGACAUCGCGCCGGACGCGCAGGAGCUGUGA